AUGGACGUAUCCAUCACUCGCCAAAUGGUAAUGGACCAAGCACAUCACAAGGAAAUCAUCGCAGCAAUGGCAGUCCUAGGAGAAGAAUUCUCGAUGAGAGCUGCGACCAGAGACGGAGAGCCAGAUAACGAAGCCUACAAAAAGUGGUCCAAGCAACAGAUCGCAAAGACCCAAUUUCAAGCACUGGAACAAGCACUCACAGCCACCUACGUCGGACUACAACAAGGAAUGGAGACGCCACACCAACAACUGGCAAAACUCAACAUGAUCCGAUGCGAAGGAGGCACGAUGAUGUACGACAGCGUGGCAACUUUAGUUGGCAGAAUUGCCACAAUUCUAAAUGGGUUCAACCACAAGAACCCCCCGCCAACCAACCUAUCAGACUUGGCAGGAGUAGCGUUCCAAGCCUUCACACAAGAAAUCAAGGACGUUGUGGCUGAACACCUAGAGACAGGAGCAGCAGGACCACUACUAAUGGACUACCCCAGCAACCUGUCUCGAAUGCACCGUCUACGCACUCAAGUAGAGAAAGAAGAGAGGCGCAUCAAGCAACUCGUGGGAAUUGCAACCAGCGCGGGACGAGUCAGACCAAACAGAAGCUACGUUCCAGGGCUAUCUGCGCCACCAAGUCCAGGAGGAAGAGCUUUUGCAGGAUUCCACCAACAAGAAUUCCAAGGAUUCCAAGACAAUUGCUCCUCCCAAACUCCAACAAUCGAGACCGCCGGAACCUUCCACACCGCAUUGACGCCCACACCAAAGCAAAACGUUCGAGUCACUGACAGACAAGGAAGACAAUUGUUGGUCCCGACACCCAACAGCAAACUAUACUGCCCACAAGCUGCCCUAACAAUGCUAGCAUGCAUGAGUGCUGCCGAAGAAGCACUCAACAUUGAAGAAGAAAGUGACAAAACACCUUCAAUCCGUUGUUGGGGAUGCCAAAGGAUAGGCCACUCUUUCAGAGAAUGCCCCCACAAAGGAGAUCCGGGAGUUAUCAGCCAGUUUAAACAAAGCCUAGAGGACUACAGACUAAAGAGAGAGCAGAGACAACACAAAAGCGAGAUAACAAGCUACAAGGAUAGUGGCUAUAUUAAUCAAAUAAUUUAUGAAACAAUUCAAAAGAUUGAGCAUCCAGAAUCGCGGGAAGAUGAACGAAGAACACUGUUGAUAAACUUGGCCAAAACAAUCACCGAACACAUGGGCAACAACAGUGGACAAAAGAGGAAGCAAAUGAGAACGGACCCCCCACUCACUUUCAUGAUGGUCGGAAGCUUUGCAGCAAUGGAACAAGCACAAAAAUUGGACUUCUCAGUGAACGAAGUCCUAGCAGUGAUGCACUUCCCAAUCGGCCUCAACCGCGGAGACACAGCCAACUUGAAAGGAAUAUAUGACACAGGAGGAUGCUGCAACAUAGCAGAAAAAACAUACCACCUUGCCAUCGCAAAACAAUACCCCCACUUGGUCAAACAGGUGUACGACUUUCCAAAGAUUCACUACGCCCCCAUCAAGAUUGGAGGAAUCAAAGACAGUGUCAACAUCAAGGCAAUCAUUGAAUACUACACCCCUUUUGCCAACGAGGAUGGAGAAAAUCAAACGUUGAUGAUCGGAUUGACAGAGCAACUACCCAUCAACACACUCUUUGGAUUACCAUUCAUGUUGAAGGCAAAGAUGGCGCCAGACUUUCAUCGAAAAACAGUAACUUCAAGCCUCUUCAACCAAGAGUUUGAAUUCACCAUGGAGCGACCCACAAUGCUUCCAGUGGAACACACCAACAUUACACCAAAGAACACAUAA